UUGAUCUAAAAAUGACAUCUUGAUUUCAGAACCUUUCUCUUGAUCUGGAAUUAUCUGUUAUUGACCACAGAGAGCUGCUACUGAUGAUUCCUGGGACAGGGCCCUGUAUAGUGAGAGUCCUCCUGGGAUGGAUGUCAUUCACCUGUUCCUGGCCACCCUGCUGGUCAGCCUCUGCUUCCUCACUGCCUACAGCCACCUGUCACCUGAGGAGAAGCCCAAAGAUGACAGGAGCCUGAGGAACAACUCCUCCAUGAACCUGUUGGAUUCCCCUUCUGUCUCUAUCAUGGCAUUGAACAAGAAAUCCAAAAAGAUCAGCAGAAAAGAAGCAGAAAAGAAGAAGAGAUCUUCCAAGAAAAAGGCUUCGAUGACGAAGGUGGCGCGGCCCCGUCUCCUGCAGCCCGCCCCCUGUGUGGCCACCCGCGACAGCUGCAAGCCGCCGGCGCCCGCCUGCUGCGACCCGUGCGCCUCCUGCCAGUGUCGCUUCUUCCGCAGCGCCUGCUCCUGCCGUGUGCUCACUCGCACCUGCUGAGCCCGCCUCCUGGUCGAGGGCAGGACUCCCUGGGAACCCUGGGGACCCUGGAGACCCUGAGGGCCCUUCUGCAGCGGCUCUAGUGGGCGUGGCUGCCUAGUACUGGGCGCGGGCGGGGCUACUAAGGUUGGGGCGGAGCUUCUAGGAGGCGGGACUUCGAGGAGACUUGGCUUGGGCUGGACUAAAAAUCCAAAUAUGUGUAGGCUGCUCGAAGAUGUGUGACUGUUUCUUUAAAGGCCCCGAAAGAUUCUUUUUCUUUCGCCGAGGCCUCUUCACCGCCAGCGUCCCGCGGACUGCGCACGCGCUGUAUCCCGGACCUGGGGCGAGCCAGGUACCUGGCCGUAGGGCUGCGCUCCUGGUAAACGUGUCUCCGGAUCCGGCUGCUGGAGACAGUGCUGCCCCUUACGUUUAAACCUGGCAACACCCGAGGCUGCCUCCAAAACCAGCAACGCAGACCAGCCAGGCAGAAAGGAGCCAUUAAGGAAGCACCGUUCUCUCUUUCAUCCUUUCCUCCCCUCUAAGGAUCUCCGCCGACUCCUGAAAAAACGAGAAAGGCUACAACUCCGUACAUAUCUCACUGGGCUGUCUGCCCAGGGGAUCUGGGGAUCUGUGGCUGGUUGUGGCUGGGCGUUGCCGUGGGUCCCUACGGUCAGAAGGCUCUGGCCUGAGGAUCCUACAGCCUUAGGAGGCUUCCAAACAAGGGUGCCGCUUGUGCCCACUCCUCACUUUCUCCCAGGGGUUCCCAGAGGUGCUGGGGCCUGGGAGGAGUUUCUCCCAUUCUCAGGCUGAAUGAACACUGACCGUUGGUUCCCAGGCAUUUUUAACUCUGACACCUUAGAGUUAGGGUACCCAAGUAAGAAGCUUGGGUUCAGGAAUCCUUCCUUACUCCCCAGUGCAACCCUGCCAGCCAGUCAGGAGGCAUUGGGCCUGGGCUUGGUGAGCAGAUGGCAACCUUUGUCCCGGAUCAUCAGGCCUUGUGGCCUGAAAUGUCCCAAGCCGCUGCCUGGAAUUCCAUCCUUAGAGAUUCUUUGAGUCUGUGGGAAACUGAGUGCAACAUUAUAUCUUUGGAAGGACCCUGGGAGGGAAGCACUUGAGAUACUGCUUUGGGGACAGAGGGGUUCAAGGUGAGAGCAGGGUCUGUGAGGAAGGACCAGCCAGGAUGCAGGGUCACAUAGAAACUCCAAGGGGCAAGGGCUCCAAAUGACAUCAUCUACUUGUACUGUUUGGCUGGGGGCAUCCCUGCCAGUAGGGGGAAAAGCUGUGACGCCACUUGUCAGGGCCCCGCAGCAGCUGGAGCUCUUCCCCAAGAACCACUAUAAGCAAGAAAGAGGAAGUGGCAAACAAUGGUGGUAUAAGAAGAUGACUUAGAAAAGGCCUGUGCUCGUGAAAGAUUCUAGAGAGAGGCUGUGAGACAGAAUAAUGUGGAGCAGUUGCCGCAGCCCUGAUAACUACCAAGUAUCUCUGUCCUUGAGGUGGGGACAGCAGCACUCAGGGGCCAGCACAGGUGAGGCCACCUCGCCUGGCCCACUUGUCCACUUGCAGUCUUCCAUUUACAAAUUCCUUAAAACUCUCUCCUCUCCAAGGACCUUUUUCUAACUGGAGACCCAGGUUGUGCCUGCAGUGACACAGCCAGUAUGGAAUCAAGGAGGCAACCUCAGACCCUGGACUGGAUAGCAUGGGAACCACUGGGACAGAGCCCAAAAAGAAAGAUGAGUGUGCCAGGCUAGGCUGGUGACACAAUUCUGCACGCUGGGAAAGUCUUUGUGUUUCUCUGGGCUUCCAUUUACUUGUCUAUAAAAUGGGAAAUAGUCAUUCCUGCUGUUGUUAUAAAUCUGAGAUAGUGAUGCUGUGUGUGCCUUAACACAACAAGAAACACACACACACACACACACACAGAAAAGCUGCCAGUUGCUUGUUUUGUUUUCUGUCAUUUAGACUGCAAGUCCACAGGACAAGAACCUUUUGUUCCUUGUACCACAGCUGCUGCUGAGUAAAUGUCAUCAGUAAUGAGAAUAUUGGGAACAUAUUGCAGCCACAGCGCCUAUUUUUUCUAGAUGUUGCUCACCAACCAGGCACCGUUUGGUCCCCAGGGAUGAGGCAGAGUCCAUUAGUGACAACACCACUUGGCUGCUGGAUCCAGACAACUACAUGGAAGACCAACUCAUUCACUCAUUCAGCAACUGUGUAUUGAGCACCCCCUAUAUGCCAGGCAUUGGGCCAGGUGCUGUGAAUACUGUGGUGAACAAGUCCAAUAUGGAUCUUCUCGUUAUGGAGCUUAUGGUCCACUGGGCCAUGACUAUUGGCCCUUGUUAGAAGCUGGAACCACUGUUAUGUGGUCUGUUCCCUUGGACUCUAUGUGCAAGUGUGCUCUAUUCCGUUGGACUCUCAGUUCUUGCUUCUGUUGAUUCAGAUGCCUGGUUAGGAAUUUAUCUGCCCAACUUUCCAUUCAACUUGAGAUCCUAAGAUUCCUCUACCUUUUCAGAAUUCCUGCUCAAACCUUAGGGUCCUGAGAGCAUGGUUCUGGGCUUCUGCAACACUCUGCCUGAGUGACCAGAAUUGCAUCUGUGCUCAGAGUUAUGGUUCCACUGUUGUGAAGAUCUGGGAUUGCCGGGAGCCGUGGCUACAUCAUUUGAUCGGCUGUUUG